UAGUGUAAUAUAAUCGUGCUCUGAAACUCUACAUUUUUUUACUGAAACUUGCAGACACGUUAUCUCUGUAAACACGGGAGAAUGAGGUCUCCACGUCUUCAAACGAUGUUCUAGCAGCGAAGUAGACACCGAAGCUUUUCUUGAAUGUAUAUUACUCUUAUCGAGGGAAAGCGAAAAGAAAAUGUCAUUGCUCGCCCACGGCCUAUCAGCCAGGAAUGCUUAUUAUUUCACUUAUAUGGAUUAUUGUGUUUGUUUUGUUUUUGUUUUUUUCGAAAAUUGAACAGCAGGUGGGUGGGGUCUCACAGGCUUCACACCUGUGUGUUUGGUCUCGUUCUUUUUCGGUUAUGUUUCAUUUCAUUCUUGAUAUGGACUGUUUCUCUCUCUCACGAGUUAUCUUACCGUUAAGACAUUUCUCCCCUCGUGAUUGUUUGACUAUACUAUCUUGUGAGAGUUGAAUGGUAUAGAGGCGAUCGUCAUUUUCUUCCUCAUUCGUCAAUUCUCUCUAUACUAAGUAGCUACCUCAUCGCCGAGUCUGUCGAGAAAGAAAAGAUGGCAAAGUUUCGGUGGUGGAUCUUGUUAAUGGUAGUGUCGAUUGCGAUCCUGACGGAAUCGACGACAACGACGAAGAAACCCAAAUCACGCAAAGCACCUCUCCAAACCCCAUAUAGAACAUCCAAAAGAGUUCAACAACCAUCUGGCGCUGCACAACCAGCUCAAAGAUCAAUCCCCAGACCACUUUCGGCAUCUCAGCCCGGACCCUUAAGGGCGGAGGAAUCGGUUGCUGCUCCUUCAGUCGUCCGACGGAAUCCGGCGUCGCUUCAAUCAUCAUCGCAAGAUUUGGGAUUUGAAGACACUCCGGUUGAUCGCUCUCGUCUUAAAGAGGACAUGGCUGCAUUAGGUCUGAGUCUGGAUUCGAACGACAACAAUGUUAACGCAAUAGGACCCGCGAAUACUGGUAACCAACAACGUCCUCCGGCACGAGCUCCCGCUCGCGCUCCUGCUCGCGCUCCUGCCCGCGCUCCUGCCCGCGCUCCUGCUCGUGCUCCCGCUCGUGCCCCCGCUCUUCGGCCACUUCCAGCCCCUAAUCCUUACAGCGAUUACGAAGAUUUACUUUUCGACGAAUACGACCAACCAUUGCAGGACAACAAACUUUUGGCUGAAACUGCAUCACCAACAUCCAACAAAUUUCUCAAAUCUGAAGUGUGCGGAAGGAAAUUUUUCUGCCAGCGAGGCAAUCGGGGUCCGUGUCAUCGCAACGAAGUAUUCCUUCCUCAGCUCAACGAUUCCAGUAUAUUCACUCGCCCGUCUUGCGGCAAUAUGGUGUCCUAUCCGUGGAACGGUUGCAUGUCCGCUGGUAAAGUCGGAGUGGCGGCAAAUAAUGCAGCAGUGGGCGGAGGUUGUGCCGUUCGAUUUCCCCAGAGGCCUUGCUAUGGAUACCCUCCAAAUUAUCGAUUUUACACGGAAACGAAACGAUGCUAUCCCGUCUCUGUCGGAUGGGAAGGCGGCAUGUCUAAUUCAGGCCCAUGCCCUUUGAACAAAGUGUUUACUGAUAUCGAUGGAAUCAAUGGCAUGUGUCAAUGCCGCGAUCGUAAUCAGCUAUUAUUCAAAGGAGAUGAUAGGUGCCACCGUAUCUACGCUAAGGGCCCUUGUGACCAUGGCAACUGGCUGGAACCGGAUACCAACGGUUAUGGUAUGUGCAAUCGAUCGCCUUGUCCGGAAAGCAAAUGCGACGGCCGCCACAUUUACUGGAAGUCAACACCAAACUCAGAAGGAGGCUGCUACAAGUCGUUUACACGUGGGCCCUGCAGGAGUGGUAGUUAUUUCCUUGUCGAAGAUUAUGGCACCCGAAGAGGUCGCUGUGUCUCCCAGUAUGGAUCGUCUUUCAAUCCCAUGAAUCCGUACGCCAUUCCGCCUCGCUAUCCCGUGAUGAGAAACCCUUACGAUAUGAUGUACUCUAAUAACAUGUUGAGUCCCUGGUCGAAAAUCGGAAUGUAUCCUCCGUUUGGUGGACAACAAGACUAUGGGGGAGAGGACUAUGAUGACAUUUCCAAUCUCGACUAUUAGACUAAAUUAGUUUAACAGAACUUCACAUCACAUUCUCCUUGUUAUUGUGUCUGAAAUCAAACAAAGCUAAGUUUCUUUUCUAUCCGUCGUAAUAUAGUUAGCCAUUCUUAGUUAGGAUAAAUGUCAAUCUUUGAGUUUAUUAGUCAAUAAAAAAUACAUUUCAGUUA